CACACUUUCAUCUCGUUUUUACCCACCCAUUUUAUACCAUUUCCCUUUUCAAACAGCUGGUUCUUGUUAGUGGGCGGAGUUUAGUGAAAUUGGGUUGACAGCUACCGGCGAUUAAUUAACCAUUUAUCAUUGGAAUCCCUUUGUUAAGAGGAUUGGACAAGGAGAAAGAUUUAUAAGCUUUGCCUUAAGAUGUUAUCUCAUUUACCCCACCACUAUAAAAGGUUUGAUUUUUUAUUUAUUUUUGCUGCUAUAACUUCACCUUGACCAUGCUUCGUAGGCUUCGGACUGGGCUCAGGCCUCUCCACUCCGGGUCUCGCCCCAACUACCAAGCCCGCGUCUGCGUGAUUGGGUCUCCGUUUAAUUUAUUAUUAUUUCAUUCCGGGUCCGGAUCCGAAUCCGGCUGCUCCACGCCUUUACUUCCUCCUCCUCUCUCCCAAACCCAAUCCCCAUUAUCCAAUCUCGAUCACGGCCGUCGUCGUCGUCGUCUCCAUUUUCCCUACCACUUCCUCUCCACCCUCCCGGCCAACAGCAACAAUCCAGCUAUGAACGGCGACGCCUCCCACUCCAAGAAGAAGCCGAAGCUCUCCCCGCCCGAAAUUUCCUCCGAAUUCUCCCACCACGACCCAGCCGUCGCCCGCAUCAACAACGGCAGCUUCGGCUGCUGCCCGCGAUCCGUCACCGCCGCCCAGCGCGACUGGCAGCACCAGUUCCUCCGCCAGCCGGACAACUUCUUCCUCAACCUCCUCCAGCCGGCCAUCUCCCGCUCCCGCUCCCUCGUCGCGUCCCUCGUCAACGCCCCCCACGUCGACCAGAUCUCCCUCGUGGACAACGCCACCACCGCCGCCGCCAUCUUCCUCCAGCACUGCGCCUGGUCCUUCGCCGAGGGCCGAUUCUCCCCCGGCGACGCCGCCGUCAUGCUCCACUACGCCUACGGCGCCGUGAAGAAAUCCGUCGAAGCUUACAUCACCCGAGCCGGAGGCCACGUCAUCGAGGUCGAUCUCCCCUUCCCCGUUAAAUCCGAGGACGAAAUCAUCACCGAGUUCCGAAAAGCCUUAGCGAAGGGGAAGAGCGAAGGUAGGAAGGUGAGAAUCGCGGUGAUCGAUCACGUGACCUCGAUGCCGGCGGUCGUAAUCCCUGUGAAGGAAUUGGUCAAAAUCUGCAGGGAGGAAGGCGUGGAGCAGGUUUUCGUGGACGCCGCACACGGAAUCGGGUGCGUGGACGUCGACGUGCAGGAAAUCGGGGCCGAUUUCUACACCAGCAACCUCCACAAGUGGUUCUUCUGCCCGCCGUCCGUCGCCUUCCUCUACUGCCGCAACCAAUCGAACGCCGGCGGGGACACGCAGUUGCAAUUGCAUCACCCGGUGGUGUCGCACGAGUACGGGAACGGGCUCCCCGUGGAGAGCGGGUGGAUUGGGACGAGGGACUACAGCGCGCAACUGGUGGUGCCGUCAGCGGCGGAGUUCGUGGAGAGGUUCCCCGGCGGGAUCGAUGGAAUCAAGGCGGCGAACCACUCGGCGGUGGUGGAGAUGGGAGAAAUGCUGGCGAAGGCGUGGGGGACGAACCUGGGAUCGCCGCCGGAAAUGUGCGGGAGCAUGAUCAUGGUUGGGUUGCCGGCUUGUUUGGGGAUUGGGAGUGAGUCGGAUUCGUUGAAGCUGAGGACCCAUUUGAGGGAUUGCUUUGCUGUAGAAGUGCCGAUCUACUUCAACAAGCGCCGCCAUGAUCAUCGCGGAGAAGAAGCAGGAGGAGGAGUCAUCACUGGGUACGUACGGAUUUCCUAUCAGGUGUACAACAAGGUUGAAGACUAUGAGAGAUUGAGGGAUGCUGUUCAUAAGCUGGUAAACGAUGGGUUCACCUGUGGUUCCCUUGUCGAGCCCGAAUCGGAUUGAGGCUAUGAGAUCGAUCGGAGAACUGCUGGGUGGUUUUGUUCUCCUGGCAUUUGUAACCUUCUUGUGUUUUCAUAGAGAAGUGAUCAAAGUGGUAACUUUAGGGAGGAGAGAGUGGGAAUAAGGAAGUGUGGGGAUGAAUAUGAAUGAAUGUGAGGAAUGGAAGCCAUCCUCAGUCAAGUCAUAUUAACGAUACACAUCCUGUAUUGUAAUGGCGGUUUCACGAUUGUGUGUGUGAAAUGUCAAUUGAAUUGAAUUGGUGAUGGUUGAAAAGGCUUGGCUGGGAUGGUACGAGACAGGGGCAGGGAUAAGGUUAGGUGGUUUAGGGUUGAUUUUUGAUUACCCUACUACUGCUGCCCUACCUUGUCAAAUGCCUUUGUUCAUAAGAAGGCUAGGGGGACAAUCACCUCACUUUUAUUUUGGGCAAAUCAACUACAUACUAGCAGCUCUCGAGAUCCAAUCCAACUAUGGUAUUCCCCAACGCUGUCAAAGUCGAGCUGGAGUAUGCCCCGGUAACGUGAACGGCUCGAUCAUUAGUGGUCCAGCCGGCAUUAGACCGUUUAAAAACCGUUUAAGAACCGGUACCUAAUAAACAAUAAUAAACAUAAGCUAGAUUAAGAAAAAUGCACUUAAGGG